GACAAAAAGCAAUGAUAAGAGAGAAAAAAACAUACAAAGUGGAGGUUGAAGUUGAUUUUAUAAAAUUUCUCUAAUUCACCGAUCAUUCGUAAGUGUUUUGAGGAAAUAUAGCACCACACAAAUAAAGAUAUUCGGUGCGAUUACUUGUAAAACGAAGUAAGACACAGCUUCAAAAGCAAAUCUCACAGAUUUGAAAAUUAAUUUAAACCGCGCAAUAAGCAAGAAUAUAAAAUAACAAUAAAAACAUAUAUUUGAACCGCACUUACCAUAAAUUAUAUAAAUAUCGGUUUUCGUUAAAAUUACUUUGAAAUGAGUGAGCUGGAAAACAUAAAUCCCAAUGUAUACAAAAAGUGCGAAGAUCGCAAGGUUAGCCAAGAUGACGAAAAUGAUGAUGUUCCGGAUCUCUUCGAUGAGCGGGAAAUUUUCGACAUCAUCCGCAACAUAAACGACCCGGAACAUCCUCUGACCCUUGAGGAGCUGCACGUUCUUGAACAGAGCCUCAUAACGGUAGACAACGAAAAGAAUGACAUCAAGGUGCUCUUCACCCCUACGAUCCCCCACUGCAGCAUGGCCACGCUGAUUGGACUCUCGAUAAGGGUGAAGCUGCUACGUGCCCUCCCACCUCGCUUCAAGGUUUCGGUGGAAAUUAACCCGGGUACACACGCAUCGGAACAUGCAGUCAACAAGCAGCUCGCGGAUAAGGAAAGGGUAGCAGCAGCCCUCGAGAACACCCACCUUAUAGAAGUCAUUAACCAGUGCAUUGCAGUACCAAUGAAAUAACUGAAAACGUUGAAAACCUAUCAAAUCACCGGUGGUGUCGAUUUAAAAAAAUAAACUAAUAGAUUUAUUUUCAAGGUAAUAAAUGUUGGUUGUUUAGAACAGCUUUUAUUUGGAACAAAGAAA